UCCUCUUCAAGAACAGCAGCAGAGCAGACUGGCUUUUCCUGCGAUAGGAAACCUGGAUGGGAGGGUGAAAGCGCCAUUAAAAUGUUUGUUGACAGAAAUUUGACUGAAAUGAGAAAAAAGCGACACUUCUCAUAGCAUCAACCCCAGAUUCUGAAUUCCAUGUGACUUUUCAGGAAAUUUUGUCAGUCUUCCUGUUUCCAUCUUAGAUAUUUCCUGUGGACACCAACAAACCGCUUUCCAUAUUUUGAAUAGGGUUUCCUCCUCAUUUUGCACUCUUUUCCAGUUCUUCCUUCAUAAAAGAUUGCCAGAUGAGUUGUUGUUUAUUGUAAGAUUUACCUUCAUCUUUCUACUUGACUUUACCGCUCUGUGUUAUGACUUGUCUCUCUCCUCCCUCAGUAUGUAAAGUAUUUGUGUCAGAGUUCAGGGACAGGAAGCUCAACUCGGAGAAUGUGGCUGGUGUUGGACGCUUAGAGGCAGGACAUCGUUGCUUAGAGGCAUCAUUAUGGAUCACAGUGGUAGUGGAGGGAACAAGAGAUUCUCUGUUCUUCUCUGGGGCGAAUUUCCCACCUGAUUGGCCCGUCUACAGUGAAACACUCAUCAAACUCAAUGUCUACGACGUGAAGGACAGCCGCCAACAAACAGUUCUUUCUUCUGUUUUCCCUCUACAGAGCAGUCUUUUGGGAAGUACCAGCUUCUCUCUGGCCGAUCUCCUCCAGUCCAAAGACCAACAGCUCUCUCUCAACCUGAAGACAGCAGAUGAUUCAUCUACAGUGGGCACAGUGGUGGUGAGCAAGGUGAAGAUGGGGGAGAUUGAAGAUGGAGAGGUGGACCACAUUACUGCUGACAUGCACCAGAAGUGCACACUGGUGUACGAGUCAUCACAUGGGAAAAUGAAUGACACCGAUAACGGACCAAUGAUGAAUGCUGUGUUUAAGAAUGCCGUGUGUAAGGUGUACAGGUUUCAGACGGUGGACAGUAAAUGGAUGUUGGUUCGGGAGCAGAUGGCGGAGUGCACGCUGUCCUUCAGCAUCCCCAAACAGCUCAUCACCCUCUACAUUAAAGAGGACACCUGCAGGAUACAGGAGUUGAAUGAUCUGGGAGAACUUUCUCCACACUGGGACAACCUGCGGAAGGAGGUAAUAUUUCGCUAUGACCAGAUCAUCAAAGAAUACCAGGACACACUCGCUGAGCUCAAGAAACUUACUGGACCAUCGUUCAAGCCCAGCUGCAGUAAAGGGCAGAAAUAUCUGGAGUUCAUUCCCAUCAACUUACACACACAGAGAAUGACGGUGACAUGUCCACGGAAAACAGAUUCGUUCUAUGAUGUGGUCACAGUUGGAGCUCCGGCAGCACAUUCGCAAGGAUUCAAGAACGGAGGCUUGCAGAGACUGCUCAGCAAAUACGAAUCAGAAAAGAAGAGCUGCAGUACGGCGUAUCAGUGCAUCUACUAUCCUCCAGAGCAGACGGCCAGGGCCAGGAAGGUCCUGAGUCUAGUGUCCCAGCUGCAGCCUCUCAUCUCUGGGCUGGCAGAGCAGCUCCUGCAAGCGGCACAGCAGCACACCAGAGAGGGACUGAAGGACACACUCAAGAGCCUGGAGGAGAAGACGGAGCUGUUUGUGCACACUCUGAAGGAUGAGUUGGUAAAGAGCACCCUCCUAGCCCUACACGCCGCCCGUCCCGGCUACGUAAGCAAAACAUCCACUCCAUCCAGCCCACCGGAGGCAGACUUGAACCCCAGCGUGACUACAAAGCCGUACACUGUCUGCAACAAUGUGGACGGCUCUCAGACGCCCCCUAAAGGCGACAGCAAACCGUCUCCACUCCGCUCAGACUCCAUCCCUCACCAUAAGGAGUACGACGAGGAAGAAUGGGACAGGGUGUGGGCCAGCGUGGCAAAGAGUUUAAACUGUGUCAUUGCCAUGGUGGAAAAGCUACAAGAACAAGACAACAACAACCAAGAAACAACACCUGGCCACGCCCUUGCUGAUGUCAUCACCUCACACAACCCUGCUGCAGAUCUGCACGAUCAGCUCGGCAUCCUGGUACAGUCCCUGAAGGAAUGUGUUGCAGAAGUGUCAGAGAGAGCGUGUCGCUCCAUGAGCUUUGUGUUGCUGCAGGAAGCAGCGUGCAGCACUGUACAAGGCCUGCAGCUUCAGCAGAGACGAGACACUGUGUUCAGCCAAGCGCUGGCAGCAUUGGCGUGUGGAUUUGUCAUGCGGUUAUAUGCAGGUUUGGAAGAUAAGGGCUUUCUCACACAGCUGCAUGCAGUCGGACUGGUGGCCCAGUUUGAAAGUCUGCUCAGUACUUACAGUGAGGAAAUCGGGAUGUUGGAGGACAUGGAGGUGGGAAUCUCUGACCUUCACAAAGUGACUUUCAAGAUUACAGAGGCAACGUCUGAAGAACCGGUCAAUCUGCAGCCCACUGUCAGCGGUAGACGAGACCAUUACACCGUUGAGGUGCCUCUCCCACAUCAUGCCUUCCAAACGCUUCCUGACGAGCUCCGCGAGGGCAAGCCGCUACGCGUGUUCCCCGUGCUCUUUAACGUGGGCAUAAAUGAGCAGCAAACCAUCGCCGAGAGAUUUGGUGACAUAUCUCUACAGGAGAGAAUAAACCAGAAGAACUUUGAGAUUCUAGAAGGUUACUAUAAAUCUUUAACAAAUGCAGUGCCAACAGAAUGCCUACCCUGUUUUCAGACACAGACUGACAUUAAGGGACUGCUCGACACCCUGGGACAGAAUGUCGUAACCAAGAAAAGGAAGAAUGUGGAAAUACUGUGGCUUGCGGGAAUGAUCUGUCGACGGAUGAAUGGCAUCCGCUUCACCAGCUGCAAAAGUGCUAAAGACCGGACAGCAAUGUCAGUGACGCUGGAGCAGUGCUCUCUACUGAGAGAUGAACACCAGCUCAAUAAAGAUUAUUUUGUACGAGCUCUGGACUGCAUGCGAAGAGAGGGCUGCCGGAUUGAAAAUGUGCAAAAGAAUAUAAAGUGCAGAAAAUAUGCGUUCAACAUGCUGCAGCUGAUGGCGUUUCCCAAAUACUAUCGGCCACCUGAAGGAACCUAUGGGAAGGUGGACUCUUGAAACAUAUCCAGGAUAGAUACUUCACCAUUAAUGUCUAAAGUCCAUAUGUACGGAAAAUCUGGGAUUUCUUUUUACAGCAUUUUAUAUACAGCAUUUUAGGAUUUGGAAAAAAUGUUAAACGUUAUAAUGUAAAAAUAAUAUGAAAUAUUGAAGAUUUUGCACUACUAUCAGGUCACUAAACAAAUACAGUAUAUUUGUGACCAUGUUAACUUUGUGCAAAAGGUCAGAUUUUCACAAGAUGCCUUUUGGACAAUUCAGCUUUUCACUCAAGUUGUUUUGCUGAUAUAUGAAAGCCAUAUUUCUAACAAUUGUAACUUUAGGACCUAUAAUUCUGAGAAACAAAAUUGCAAUUGCGAGAAAUUGUGAAAAUUGUGAGAUAUAAUUUUGUUAUUGCGUGAUAUAAACUUUCAGUUGGGAAAUAUAGUCAAUAAUACCUUGCAAAUGCAACUUUGUGUCUCACAAUUUCAACUUAAUUUCUUGCCAUUUUUUUUUUUUAUUUUCACAUAUGCGACUUUUUUCUUGGAAUUACAAGUUAUAAAGUUACAAUUCCGAAAAUUAAAGUCACAGUUGCAAGAAAUAGUGGAAAUUCUGAGAUAUAAAGUUGCAAUUGCGAAAUAUAGUCUAUAAUACCUCGCAAUUGCGACUUUAUAUCUCAAAAUUUCAACUUGAUUUUUUAGCAAUUUUGAUUGUCUCGCAUUUGCAGCUAUUUCUUGGAAUUACAAGGUAGAAAGUUACAAUUCCGAGAAAUAAAGUCACAAUUGCGAGAAAUAGUGGAAAUUGUGAGAGAUAAAGUUGCUAUUGAAUGAUGUAAACUAACAAUUGCGAAAUAUAGUCUAUAAUACCUCGCAAUUGCAACUUAAUAUCUCACAAUUUCAACUUUUUUUUCUCGCAAUUUUGAUUAUUUUUCACAUUUGCAACUAUUUCUUGGAAUUAAGAGUUAGAAAGUUACAAUUCCAAGAAAUAAAGUCGCAAUUGCGAGAAAUAGUGAAACUUGUGAGAUAUAAAGUUGCUAUUGUGCGAUAUAAACUCACAAUUGCGAAAUAUAGUCAAUAAUACCUUGCAACUGCAACUUUAUAUCUCACAAUUUCAAUUUCAAAUUAUUAUUAUUUUUAUUUUUCUUUUGCAAUUUUAAUUAUUUUUCACAUUUCCGAUUUUAUUUCUUGGAAUUACGAGUUGUAAAGUUACAGUUACAAGAAAUAAAGCCACAGUUGCACAAAAUAGUAGAAAUUGUGAGAGAUAAAGUUGCUAUUGAAUGAUGUAAACUAACAAUUGCGAAAUAUAGUCUAUAAUACCUCGCAAUUGCAACUUAAUAUCUCACAAUUUAAACUUUUUUUUUCUCGCAAUUUUGAUUAGUUUUCGCAUUUGCAACUAUUUCUUGGAAUUAAGAGUUAGAAAGUUACAAUUCCAAGAAAUAAAGUUGCAAUUGCGAGAAAUAGUGAAACUUGUGAGAUAUAAAGUUGCUAUUGUGUGAUAUAAACUCACAAUUGCGAAAUAUAGUCAAUAAUACCUUGCAACUGCAACUUUAUAUCUCACAAUUUCAAUUUCAAAUUAUUAUUAUUAUUAUUAUUUUUUUGUUUUUGCAAUUUUAAUUAUUUUUCACAUUUCUGAUUUUAUUUCUUGGAAUUACGAGAAAUAAAGCCACAGUUGCACAUGAAAUUGUGAGAUAUAAAGUUGCUAUUGUGUGAUAUAAACGCGCAAUUGCGAAAUAUAGUCUGUAAUAUGAUUUUAAACUCACAAUUCCAACUUUGUCUUUGACUGUACAGCAUUGCGAGUUUAUAUAACGUAACUGCGACUAUUUCUUGCAAUUGCACGAUUAUAUCAUGCAAUUAUGACUGUAUAUCUUACAAUUCCAAGAAAUGAAGUCAAAAUUGUGAGAUAUAAAGUCAGAAUUAUCUUUCUUAUUUUAUUUUAUUUUUUAUUGCGUGGCGGGAUCAAGGCACCAUACUUAAUGUAAUGUGAUUUGUUUUGAAACAUUGAAAAUAAUGCAUAAUAGACACAUUUUCACUAGUGAUCUUAGACUUUUGGACCCCACUGUACAUACAUUUUAUUUUUCUUUGAGUCUGUACAUACAGUAUAUGUAUAUACAUGCACACAUCAGCCACAAGGAAUGAAAACAUUUUUCAAAUUUUUGUUGGCUUUUUUUUUUUUUAUUAAUUGUAAUAAUGUAUUUAAAAGAGAAGUCCUUCUGAAAAGGACAUACAUUUAUAUUUUAAAGACUGUAUCAUGCAUUAAUACUUAAAAUAAUGGCUGAUGGAACUUUUAAAUCAUCAAAUGUGUAAAAAUGAUUUUUUUAAUUGAACGUGGAAGGUGGGGCGUCCUUUUGCAGGAACAAGAGUUUUUCAACAUGUUGUUUUGAAUGCCAAGUUAUUGUUUGCAGCCAUAUUAGCCCACAUUCAUCACAUGUUUGUAUAUGUUUGUUUUUUUAUUUUUACCUUUAACCUGUUUAAAUGUGUUGAAUAUCAUUUUAAUAUUUGCGUUGGUAUAUAAAGCAGUUUUACUAUAUCAUUAAUGUUUAUUAGGACAAUUCCAGUUAAAAUAUUGUUUCAAAAAGAGCAGUCAGCAAUAUAGGGGUUUGUAAAUUUAACAUGUAUGCACUUUUGCGCAUAAUCUACUGUAUAUUAACUUUUACGUUUACAUAAUAUGCACUCUAUAUCCUAGCAUAUUGUAUAAAGAACAAUCACUCUGUUAAAGGUGAUGUGUGUAAAAAAAAAUUAAGUUAAAAUGCUUUAUCUUAUUCCAGCUUUAUAUGCAUAGAAAACUAUAAAUAAGUCAGUGUAAACACUGAGGUGCUUUCAAAACACUGCUCUGCUUGUUUGAGCAUCCCAGUGCGAGUUCUAGAUGGGUCUAUCUGUUUGGAAACUAUCUGUAUUAUUUUGCAGUUCUUUUCAGUGGUGCAUAAAUUACACAUUUUAUGCUACAAA